AGAGGCUAAUAAAGCUAAGCUACUUGUGGGAUAAAGUAACUAAAACGCAAGUUUUAAAAAGAUUUAAGGAAAAAUUGUUUUUAUUAGAGAAGUCAGCUCAGAGCAAAUCUGACAGCGUCGAACAGUGACACCUUGACGGUUUACUCCAUUUCUACGAAAAAAAUGUCUGCAAUAAGAGCUCGAACGUCAUCGCUUAUUUUUCAAGAAUCGCCAACGAAGGAUAAAAAAGCGAAGACCGCCAAGGGAGGAAACAUGACUCCGAUAGAUUUAAUUCUUCUUUCGCGAGACUUUUUCUUGAUGAACGGCGAACCUGAAGAAAAGUUGCGCCUACGAAAAAUGUUUCAGGGCUGUAACGUGGACCAAAUCACAGCAACUGGGGUGACGGCACUCACACAGAGCGCAUUGGAUGGACGGCUUGAAAACAUCAAGCUGCUUAUCGAACUUGGAGCGGAUGUAAACAAGAAAGACAGAUUUGGGUGGACCCCUCUUCACUAUGCUGUAAGCGAAGGAUACGACCAAAUUUGUCGAUAUUUGUUAAAUCAUGGGGCUAAUGCUCGGAUUGAGAACGCUGAGGGUGAAUUCCCUGUUGAACUUGCGGAUCAAGAGAACAUUGCGAGUUUAAUGCUCGAUGCUACAAUCAAUAUGCGAAGACUUUCAGUCGAGGACUAAAAAUAUUUCCCCCCUUCAUUAAAAAUGCAAAUAAACUAAACUUUUGAAGGAUUUUUUAAAACGCGACUCUCAACAUGAGAGUGGAAGACUUACAUUCCAAUUGAAGUCAACGUUCAAGUGUUUACGAAGGACAAACUACGUCAUCGAUGGCAUGGUUCAGCCGUGUUUACUCGCAUAUAAAGAACUCAAGAAGAACUAAGGCCAAUAUUGUAAAAAGGAUUGCACAAAAGGACAAUUCAUGCAUAUAAAGAUAUAUAUAUAUAUAUAUCUUUAUAUAUUAAAUAAUGUAGCUAAGAAAAAAGAAAAGUUGUAAAAAAAUUUUUUAAAAGAAUUAAAAUUGUAAGCUUUCUACUUCGGGUUUUCUGGAAACCCUUGCAAAUGUUCGCUUCUUUGUAAAAAAAAGCAUAAGUAAUUUUUGAUACAUUUUGAAAUAGUUUCUUUUUCAAAAAGUUCGGAAUUCUCAAAUGAGUAAAGAAAUUUUUCAUUUUUUAAAAAAUUUAUUCAGCUAAAAGUAUUUUCAAAAUUUGGUGAAAAAGCUUGAGUAUUGAAUCAGUUUUUCCGGUACAACAGGAACUACAAGAAAGUAUGCAUCCUAUAAAGAGGAUUUCGAAUUUCGUUGCGACUUCGCGUGCAAAAUCCAAUGUUGUUUCUACAAAACAAUAUUUGUUAACAAUAUUUGAUAAAUAAAGUUUUUAUCUUAGACCUA